CCUCUCGCUCCUCCCGGCGCUAGGGGCGAGCGGAACGCGGCCGCCCGGCCGCUAAGGGCUUCUUGUUCGCUCGCUCGCUCGGCCGGCAGGCGGGCUGCUCUCCUCGGCCAGGGGUUCCUGAAGCCCCCGAGACCGGGGGGAGCCCCGCGGCCUGGCGGGCACGGGCGCCCCGGGCGGCCCCGGGCUGCUGUGGGGAGGCCGCGGGGUGCUUGAUCUGUCCCGGAGGCAGCGGCUGAAGGCGGAGCAACCGCCCGUCGGGGUUAAAGUGAAAAUACCUUUUGGAAACAAAUAUCUUGAUGCUAUCUUUUCUGUCCCAGAGAAGAAAUCAACAUAUGGAGUGAUUCUUACUCAUGGAGCUGGAGGAGAUAUGAAUUUCCCUCACUUAGUGUCUUUGUCAGCCUAUCUUGCAUCCCAUGGAGUUCUGUGCCUGCGGUUUACUUGUAAAGGCCUUAACAUUGUUUAUAGGACUAAAGCCUUCAAAGCAGUUGUGGAAUACUUAAAGCUUUCUGACGAUUAUAAACUUUCAGGUGUCUUCCUUGCAGGCCGUUCCAUGGGCUCACGAGCUGCUGCCUCUGUGAUACGCCAUCUUAGCCAGGAGGAUGAUGAUGACUUCAUUCAAGGUCUAAUAUGUUUAUCUUACCCAUUGCAUCGACCAAAACUUCAGUCCAAGCUCCGGGAUGAAGAUUUGUUAUUUAUCGGGUGUCCGGUACUGUUUGUCUCGGGAUCAGCAGAUGAGAUGUGUGAAAAACAAUUGCUAGAAGGUGUGGCAAGCAAAAUGAAAGCCCCUAAAAAAAUCCAUUGGAUUGAUAAAGCAAACCAUGGGAUGGCAGUCAAAGGACGAACAACAGACGAUGUCAUGGAAGAAAUAAAUGCACAAGUUUUUUCGUGGCUUAGAGAGAAUAUUGAACUGGAGCACAAAUGAUUUGAAGUGUUUAAGGAGUAUCUUCAUUUAGAUGUUCCUAAAUGCAGCAAAUUAAGAGUGUGUUACUUCUGAGACGCAUUUUUUAAAACAGGUAUUUUCAGAGGUCUAAGUGUAAAUGCAAAUAAAACAUUUUUGUGUGAAUGAAUAACAUUAUGCAAAACAAUAAAGAAUUAUUUAAAGGAAGGACGGAAAUUUACUGCAUAUUUAAUACCAUGGCAGCAUUAUUUUCUGUGUUUCUAUGCAAAUAACUGUAUACAACACUGAGUGCUCUCCAUUAACAGCUAAACGCUUUUGACUGAUGUUUGAAUACACUGGAAAGAAUCUAUUUUGGCAGCAAAUCUUUAGAUGUGUUUAAUUUCUGAGUAUAUUACUGAUGCUAUGCUUAUUUGAAAUUAAAACCUGCCGAUUUGUAGAAUUCUGUGAGCACAUGCCCUGAGGGUGGCCAGCAGGGCUUGAACUACCCUGCCUUGGUGCCAUAUCCUGGCACUCCAGUGAUGCAGGGGGAGGAAGCUCGUGUCAUUUAUGAUGUCACUACCCCAAGGGGCCAGAUUCUCAGCCUGCGUGGGGAGGAGGAGGAGGUAACGCAGGCAUGGUUGCACAUGAAGAGCAAAGAACAUGGGCUGGUUUUGGAAAGUCACCCUCCAGCAACUUCCCUUGCGUAAAGGACUGAUGGCAGUGGCCCUUUGGAGAGAUGGGCACGGAAAACUAUUAUGUAGAACAGAUAAAAGACAAAGUAAGUUUAUAGGGGUGGAGGAACUCCUGGAGGAGGGAGGAGUUAUGGCAUGUUGCACGAGGCUCCUGUCAGGAGAGCUCAGAAGAGGCAGAUGGGGGUCUGGACCUCAUUACCCCUCAACAGAAGGAGCUGAGGCCUUCAGCUGAGCUCUGAGGUUGCGGAGUGGAUGAAAUACUUUGUGCGUGCUUGCAGCUGCAGACUUCCCCAUUACGGGCUGUGAGUAACCUGCUGGUAUAACCAAAGGUUAUAGCAAUACAUUAAUUGCUUUCAGCAAAGUCACCAGCAAGUAUCAGCCGAAUGAUGACUCUCUGCGAUGACCCCUGAGAUGAAGUGGCUGGCUGGUCCUCAGAAAAGCAUCUUGGCUUUGUCUCCUGAGACGGUGAUCCCAUCUCCGCUGCCGUCAGUUCCCUAAAACCUGCUCCGGUUGUUCUGCAUCUCUAUGGCUUGCUGCUCGCUGUUGCGGUGCCACCAGCUGAAGGUGAGCAGGCAGCUUUAGCCUGGAGGUCGUUCUUGGGAGGAGCUGUUGUGUGUGACAGCGCAGAGCUGCUUAAACGGACUUUGAGUCAGCCCUGGUGAGCUGAGAGGAUUUCUCUGACGUUUUGUCCAAGUGCUUAGAUCAGCUAGCCUUUUAAAAAUCAGAUAGGAUAUUCUUCUGUUGUUUCUCACAAGAUGCCUCAAGAACACUGAUCUCCCAGCAGUAGUGUUGUUCAAUAAGCAUAGCAAACAUUUAGAUCUUUGCAGAGAAAAUAACUGUGUGGUUUUUAAAUUGACUGGCUGUGUUACAGAGAAAAUAGAUCCUCGCUUUGGACUGGAAAUGUGCUAACUUUAGAAUUCGAUGAAUUUAGACUUGACUUUAAAUUCACCUAUAGAUCAUUUUCAGAUGAUGUUGAUAUGCUCAAAAGUAACAGUUGAAUUACUUAGUAUGAGCAGAAAGCAGGUAUUCUAAAAAUCGACUAGGCUGCUGAUACAAUGAUUGGUUUAGUUUCAGUAGUCACUGUUCGAUGCUACUUAAUUCUUUUCAUAUUGUCAAAGAGACUGAGUUUCAGAGACGAAGCGUCCGUGAAAAUCACAUGGAAAUUAAAACUUCUAUCUAAUAUUCCUGAAGUGUCCAAUAGCACUAUGUUUUCCCUUCAGAUUAAAAAAAUAUA